CUCGUUCAUAGAAAACUAUAGACUCGUCCGGUCGUGUGCGAAGGUGCACGCGUCUUGUAUUUCCGUAUCUUUUUAAACGCUCGUCGAACGUAAAUAUAACCUAAAACUGCGUCAACGUGGCUCAAUGCGAUGUAAACAUGCUCGAUUUAAUUAAAAGCUGAAGCGUAACGCGUGUAAAGGGGAAACUAAGGUAACGGCUGGAAAAUGCGUCGCGCGAAGGGCUUUCGUGAACGAAUGCGUGAAAAGAAACGAGCCUUGUAUGUUCAUUUACCGCACGUAAUACGGGACGAGAAGGACGUGGCGAAAUUAUUUACCGGUGACUUCAAAGUGAACCUCACGCGACAGGCUAGCAAAUAUUGCUACGUGAUAUUUGCCGAUGUCGAGGAAAAAAUGAAAAAUUUGAAAGCUGCGAAAAACACGCUGAUAAAUGGGAAACGCGUAGUUAUUGCAUCUGCGAUUACGAAAUCAAAAACACCCACGCAAAAUUUAGCGAAAAAAAAGGUCGUUUUGCCUCCUGUAAAAGAAGAUGAUAAAGUAACAAGGACGCUCUUUGUGUCCAACAUUAAAUGUGGAACCAAACUUCAAGAAUUGAAAGAAGCUAUUCCAGGAUGUGUGACUGCCAAAAUGUUGAAACCAUAUUCACAAAAUUAUAGGGGUGCAAUGGUAAAAUUGGAAACUAUACAAAUGGCAGUAGAAUAUUUAUCACAGAUAAGAGACCUACCAGUAGUAAGGGGAGAAAAAUUAAUUUUUAAACCUGACACCAGAAUUAAACGUACAAAACAAGAUUCAAACACUACUCUUAAAAUUUAUGAUGGUGAAUCAGAAGUAAAUAAAGACUCCAAUGAAAAACUAAACAGUAAAACUUCAGAUUGUUUUGUGCUUGAAAAGAAAGUGUAA